AUGGCGGGCAAAGACCAACCCAAGGAAAUCAAAGAAAUAAUGAAGAAUGCCAAGGGGGAUCGAAGGUCAACUGGCGUUGUUAGAGCUUCGAAUCGAACCGCCGAACGUAAACCUCGUCAUCAACUACGCAAGAAGGGACAGAUGGUAAAUGGCGACAAUUUUGAUUUCAGUCAAGGUAGCAGCUCCUCGUUUGACGAUGCCGAAGAAACAUCAUCACCCCUGCCCGGAGCGGUACGGGUCGUUCAAGGUGGGCAAUUACUUCCAUUGAAUAAAGAUGAUGAUGAGGAUGAGGAUGAUAAAUGGAACGAACGAAGUGGAAGCAUCCAUACUCUCCCAACUGCAGUACCGCAGACCGCCGAUUUAUCCAACGAAGAAGCCCUUCAAAUCCGUACGGAGGCGGAACGAGAAGCUGCCAAACAGUUUUUGGCCAAUAUUGCAACUGCAGAAGAGCAAACAGACGACGACAAGGAGGGUGAAGACAAGAAGUCAAACAAGAACAGGUUGGGAAUGUAUGCUUUGGUAUUUGUCGUAGUGGUCGUGGGGGUGGCCGUAUUGAGUGUGACUUUAACAUCCAAGAAAGAUACAGAGGACCAAAAUAUACGGAUAACCCCACCUCCACCGGUAACGUUGGCACCGACCGUCUUUGUGAAUACAACACUUUCUAGUGAUUUUUGUGACGAGGCAUUGGAACUCGAGAUGGAUAGCUUUGUCAUUGGAACUACAGCUGAUGCUACUCUUGAUGACAAUGUUGCUGCCUGUGGAGAAAUUAGACGCAACGGUAUUGGGACUUGGUACUACAUGGAAGGUGUUGGAAAACGAAUCAGUCUAUCGACUUGCAAUGGAACUAGUUUUGAUACGCAAAUAUCCGUCUUUUCGGGGUCCAGCUGCGAUGGAGGCUUAAAGUGUGUGGCUGGAAAUGAUCAACGGACCAAUUGUGGCAGGGAUGGAAGUCAACUCAUCUUCAAUUCGGAAGAGGGUGUCCGGUACUAUAUCAUGGUUCACGGGAUUCGGUCGUCGACGGGAGUCUUUACAUUGACUGCCAAGGGAAUGCACGACAACGAGUCGUGUGAUACUGCCAACCGCAUUGAAGACUUUGGAAGUGACGAGCUAGACCAAGUGACCUAUUAUGGUUCGACAGUUUUCUCCAAGGUGAUUCCACAGAACCUCCCCGAAUGUGGUCCCACCAGUUCCCCUGGACCAGGAUCCUGGUAUGUUUUCACGGCGAAGGACACUCGUUUCAUUCAGGUUCGAGUCGAUGAUUUUGAUGCCAACUUGAUUUCGGUGUACGAAGGUGCAAACUGUGAAUCUUUGACUUGUGUGGACACCAGUGAAGGGAUUUCCAUGUUCACCACCACCAAGGAUGCAGACUAUUAUGUGUUUGUCCACGGAAAAGCAGAACAAGUUGGAGGCUUUGCUCUGACUAUCACAGAUGGAGGCCUAUUACGCCCGGAUGACGACGCUGCGAAUGGAGAACCGAACUAUACAUGUGAAACGGCGGAAGAUCUCAGUGAUGGCUUGUAUAUGGACUUGUUUGCACGGCGAACCGGCUCCACCGUAAAUGGUGUCGUCGCGACUGUUCCAAGUUGCGGCAACCUCGUGUUGAGUGAUUCGAACGGUGUUUGGUACUCCUUCACCGGGGCAUACAGAAGAUUCCUGGUGUCCACCUGCGACACCGAGAGUGGAUUCGACACUCGUCUAUCUGUAUUCACGGGUAGCUGUUCGCAACUACGAUGUGUUGGUGGAGGAGAUAAUGGAUGUGGCGAUCACAGCUCGGUUUACUUUGGUGGUCAGUUUGGUGUGGAAUAUUUUGUGUUGGUUCAUGGUACGGAUAAAAAGGUGGGCGACUUCAACCUGACGGUCAUUGAAGAAGCAAUAGUCGAAGAAUAUGUUCCUAUGCCUGGACCGGACGACCCAGAUGCUCCAGGACCAACACCGCUUGAUCCUUGUGACAUGGCGGUCCACGUACCUCUGGACGGCGUGGCUCAGCUUGGGACGAUACAGACAGCUCAAGUACAAGACGUGGGGUUGUGUACUGGCACGGAUCUAGCUGCACCUUCUGUUUACUAUUCCGUUCGAGGGACUGGAAAUACGAUGGUAGCAUCUACUUGCAAUGCGCUGGUACAAGACUUUGCUGCUGCUGGUGUUCAAGUUUAUGGCGGAGAAUGCGGCAACUUCUCGUGUAUUGACGAUAUCACUAUUGUACCGUGUGGGGCACAAAUGUCGGCCAUCUGGAAGUCUGAAUUCAACCGAACAUACCAUAUUCAGGUAUAUGCGUCUGGCGGGGGUAGCUUUUCGCUUAAUGUGGAGGACACGGACGACAACUAUGUCUGCGAAAAUGCCUCUCCUGAUUUGGAGAUUGGUUCAACUAUUCUUGGAUCAACACUGGCAUCAAGUCUGCUAUAUGACAACGCCUAUUCGAAUGCUGCUCCCAAGAUCGGUGCUUGGUAUCAAAUUACUACUGACGUUGAUGCUGAGCUUGCGCUUUCUACCUGCUCCAUCAUCACGAGUUUUAACAGCAGAAUUUCAAUAUUUGGCGACUGUGAAAGCAACUUGAGCCUUGUCUCUACUUCUAGUUCAACGUGCGGAGAUGGCAGUGCUCUUUCGUGGACUACUACUGCGGGAAAGACAUAUUUUGUUCAAGUCGCAGGAAAUGGAGCAAAAGAGAGCGGGAACUUCGCUUUAACACUUGGACCUGCAAACAACUUUUGUGAAUCAGCUCAAGAUAUUCAAUUCAAUGGAAUGCUAGUUUCGGGGUCUACACGUAAUGCAACAAUCGACUCCGGGAAGCUGUCGUGUUUUGAUUCCCAAGUCACAGUUGACGGGCCAUCAGUAUGGUACAAAGUAACUGGAUCUGGCAGCUUGCUUCAAGCAUCCACUUGCUCGGCAAUCACAAACUUCGAUGCGACAGUAUCAGUUUUUGAAGGACAAUGUGGUGCAUUGUCUUGCAUUGCUGCAGAUAGUGAUGGCUGUGAGUCACAGAGUUCGGCUAAGUGGUUCGCAGAAGCGGGAAUGGAAUACCAUGUUCUUGUGCAUGGUUUCGAAAGUGGCGAUUUCACUCUCGUUGUUGAUGAAGUGGGGAAUUCCGCAUGCUCCAAUUCACUCUCAGUGGAAACAGAUGGUUCGGUCACUGUAUUGAAACCGACUUUGAACUCUACCUAUUUCGAUCCCUGUACAUCGAAGUAUGUAGAAUCACAGCUGUCUUGGUUUGAUGUCAAGGGGACUGGGAACCAAAUCACUGUGGACGCAUGCAAUGGUGGAUCCGGGAAUCAGCUGGUAUCAGUCUACGGGUCAUCAUGCAGCUCACUGCAAUGUGAGGAUAGUACCCUCGCAGCGAGUUGCAGUGUGACAUUCGAUUCUGUGUUUUAUCGGGAAUAUCAAGUGGUCGUAUCUGAGAAGCAAGGAAAUUCCGUUCAACUAUCGGUGAACUCUACCAACUAUGCCUGCAUAGACGCGUUUGGUCCUCUUCGAAUUGGCGAAAGUGUUCUCGGUUCAACAGAAGCCGCACCAGUGGUUGCUGCUCAAAGCUGUGGGAACCUGUCGUCCAGAGGUUCCGGUGUGUGGUAUUACUUCAUUGGCGAUGGCAAAACAGUGACCGCCUUUACUUGUAGUGAUCAAACCGACUUUGACACCCAGAUCACAGUAUUUUCUGGCAAUGAUUGUGGUAGUCCUAAUCUGACUUGCAUAGGCGCCAGAGAUGACAACUGUGGUUUGCAAACUUGGAUGUCAAUUCCAACGGUAGUAGGUGUGAGGUACAAUGUAUUGAUCUCCGGCAAGGGUGAAAGCCGCGGUAAUUUUGUACUCCGUUUGAAUUAA